AUGUCUGUCGAAGCCUCAGCAUCGCCCAUCCCUAUUGAGGAUCUCACUAAGAUCACCACCGAGGCCUGUUCGGAUGCCCUCAAGACAAGCCAGAGCUACGAGCAUGACAAUGUCGGAACCUGGAACUCCCAGAUUAUCAACACCGUCCUUAAGGCCCUGAUCUCCGCUACCGCACCUACCGAUGCCUCCAAGCCUCCUCCCUACCGCUUCACCGUGAACAGCACAAUCGUGCAGCAGGGCGUGAUUGACCCGUCCAUCGCCGAGGGUGGCGCACUCAGCAAUGCCGGUAAGCGUGGUAUGCAUUCCGCCUCCGGGGCCUUUUGGGAUGUCAACCGCGAUGGCAUGUGGACUUUCAAGUACACUGGUGCUGAGGAGCGCGGGAUUGAUGUUGUUGUUUGUGUGACAUGGUUUGCCGUCGUAUAA